AUGCUCCCUCUAAUUCUGCUAUUCAUAUUCCUACCACAAUUAUAUGCCCAAUCCCUCGAUCUAAAGCUCCAUCGACAUCAAGGCUGCGCACUAAAGAAAGGCGCUCUCUGGAAUCGAAAACUCGAAUUUCAAGGCGGGCAGGGCACCAAGGGGGCCCAACUAAUUAAUCUGGAGCAAAAGGGUUGCUAUUCGAUUCAGGGCCAAGUCAACGUUCAUGAGGACAUUACGGAAAAUCUGUUAAUAUACCUAUCGGUUUCGACGACUGGGGAUACGAGCAAACCACCGGAGGUUUGUCGAGAUGCCGGGGAGGAUGGAUGUGGAGGGAUUGGAUCUUGCCUCUACUGCCGCCCAUGUGAAUCUCUUGGCACGUUAUCCGAAAUUCUUGGCGCUGAGCUGGUCGUCGACGGCAAAAUCAUGGGCUGCGAGCCGCUAAAGAAAGGCCACUAUGAGGAUGUGGAGCUACGCUUUUGUCUGCCCGAUAUUAAGCGAAUUAUGGAGUGGCAAGGGAUUUCGGAAUCUGCUUUGGAAAGAAUCCUGGCUACUUCUGGGGUGGAUGCUUCCGGUGCUCCAAAACUUUCGCUAUUCGUGACGGUCUAUGUUUUCGACAAGAAUGUGACUUCACUACUACAAUCCCAGCGUCGUCUCGAGGCCAAAAUUCGCGAGCAAAAGCACCUAGCUUUUGACGAUCAACUGGAAAGCAAGACCUAUUGGAAUCUGCCCUUCAAUCAAGUGAUCAAGCGUCAGGCCGGAUACGGCGUCCGAGCGGAGCUUCAGUUGGAUGGAAAGGCUAUGAAGUGCUCGGACGGCCUGAAAAAGGGCGUCUACGAGAACCUUCGCCUCGUCUUCUGCCUCCCGAAAAUUGACGAGAUUCUGAAGUCCCAGGGGCUCAACCAGGAUCAAUUUUUGCAGCUGUUGGGCAGCGAGGAUGGCGGUCCGUCACUUCGCGCAAUGGGAAUUUUUGCGACCGUCUACGUCUUUGACUCGGACGUCUCGAAACAGAUGCAAACGCAGCAGAGGAUCGAGUCAGUCUAUAAGAAGACGAAGAAGAGCUUCUUCAAGGACGAGCCCCUCCCCGCCGACGUCUAUUGGAGCUUGCCGUUUAACAAGAUGAUCAAGGAGCAGAGCACCUAUGUGGCCUGCCACAAGAUUUAUGGAAAUAUUAAAAUUAACAAG